AUGAAAACAACCGUGCAAUAUAGUCCUGUGAAGGACGGCCGGCGGAUCUUAGGCGAGAAAGACUCCAACGCGUGUCUGCCCCCCGCGCCACAGGCCAAACAGUCAUUCCCGGUCACAGGAACGCCCGUGAAACGAAUGUCAACAAUUCUCUCACCUAGGAAGCUCCUCCCAUCUCCCAUAUUUGCAGGCCAAAAACGGACAAGAGACCAAGUGGACGAGGCAGAAGAGAACAUCGGACACGUGCAGGCGCGGGAGUGCUCUCCGCUGCACGUCCAAUCCGCCGCCCAGGAAGAUAUGCAAAGCCAGCUGCAACAAACACCCGACGCGAUGGACAUCCCAACACCACAAAACUCCCAACCCGAACGUGAACAGACACACGGCCAAGUGGAAACAGACCAUACACCUGCCAUGCUUCACACCCCCGAGGAGGAAACGCGUAGCGUCCCCGAAGACCCAUACGCGCGCAAAAUGUUCAUCCAACAAAAAGCGAGCAUCCUCCGAACCAGACUACAAAGCGCAAUGCGCAACGUGACAGACCACCAAUUCGACCGGCGCGUCUCCGAGCUAGAAGCACAUAGUCGGAAAUGCCCACGCCUCUCUCUUUCCGUCCUUUCCACACCACCACUCUCGUCCCGCAAACACUUCACACCAUCACAAAUGAAGACGCCCAGAAUUGGUUCUUCUGGGUUUAGCUCUACUCCUUCACAUGAUACGCCCGAUCUCCCGGCUCGACCGUCACUUUUGUCUUCGAGCGUUCCCCAACACCGUGCAAAGCCUCAAGGCCAACAUACUCCUCCUAAUGCUCUGGGCUCGCCGAUGCAGUUGAGUAGUCCUCCUGCUACGGUUAUUCGUCGCGAGCGUGAGCGGGAGUCGAGUAUGGGACCGAGGGCUGAGCUUGGGAUUGAAGAUACUAUGACGCCGUCACAGCGGGGUGAUGCGGUUGAUGGGUUGCUCAAGCUUAUGAGUACGACGGAUAGGAAUGAGAGCUCGGACUCGUGGACUGGAUGA